AUGCUAAUGGAGAUGACCGUACCUACAUCGAUAACUGUAGACGAAGUUUCCCAAGAAACCACGAAAGAUCUGAUUAUUAAUGAUGCAUUCAAAGCUCUAGAGGAUCAAGAUUGGACAGGACCAGCAAAAAUCUUCAAGCCGUACAGCUUGGAGCUGUGUAGAGUAUCAGACAUUUUGAUGCGGGGUGAGCGAAAAGUAAUACCGCAAGCGCUACAAAGCAGGAUCCUAGAGUUGGCUCACGAGGGACACCCAGGUAUCGUCGUUAUGAAGAGACGUUUACGACAAAAGGUAUGGUGGCCUGGGAUGGAUAGAGAUGCAGAGAAGUUUGCUAAAAGGUGCAGAGAAUGUAUUCUAGUUUCAGCGCAAGACCCUCCAGAGCCAUUAACGCGAACAACUAUGCCGGAUAAACCAUGGGCGCACAUCGCAGCUGAUUUCAUGGGACCAUUGCCAUCAGGCCAUAAUCUACUAGUACUAGUUGAUUAUUUCAGCCGAUUUAUCGAAGUUAUCGUGAUGAAGGACCUAACAGCAAAACUGACGAUUCAGGCAUUCCAUGAAACGUUUUGCAGGUAUGGCAUCCCGGAAACAUUGCGGACGGAUAAUGGGCCACAAUUCGUAAGUGAAGCGCUGAACCGAUUCUGCAAAGAGCAUGGCAUUCAACUGCUGAGAACUACACCAUAUUGGCCGCAGGCUAAUGGAGAGGUCGAAAGAGCAAACAGAGCCUUGAAGAAACGCCUGCAAAUAAGUCAAAUCAACGAAACCUCGGAUUGGAGAUGGGACUUGAGGACAUAUCUUUUGCUUUACAAUUCCACACCACACUCAACAACAGGAGUUGCCCCGUCGGCUUUAAUGUUUGGACGCGUGUUGCGGGAUAAGCUACCAUCUCUCUCAGCAGUUAAUAAAGGGGCCAUUGAGGAGAUUCAAGACAGAGAUCGACAACAGAAGCUGGUGGGAGCUGAAUAUGCUGAUAAUCGGCGCCAUUCUCAACCAAAUGCGAUAAAAGUUGGCGAUGUGGUAGUGGCUCGUAGAAUGCUAAGGGAGAAUAAGUUGUCGAGCAAUUUCCACCCAGACGAAUUAGAAGUAGUUGAAAGAGUUGGAUCGGAUGCAACGUUGAAAUCAUCGCACUCAGGGAAGAUAUUUCAUCGAAACGUUACUCACCUGAAAAGGAUUACCCCAAGGACGGAUGAACAAAAUGUGGAUAGUGGAUGUACCACAAAUGAGUCGGCAACACAAGAAGAAGCUCCUGAACCAAGUAAGAUUAAUCGACCAAAACGGGAUUAUCGUACGCCGAACUAUUUGAAAGAAUAUCAGUUAGGGUUAGUACAGGACCAUUAA